CUUUACCGUUUUAAUGUCAUCUACAAUAUUUUAACUUCGCAUUCUUUGAUUCACUUUUUUGGUUGGACAUAGAUUUUACGCGCUAUAGUUGUUAUAAACAUCGUGCUAUAGAGCUUACAAACAUGGCAGCUUCCAUGUAUGUAGAGCAUGCCUUCAUUUGAUUAGAAUAAGUUUUAACAAAUCCUUCUUUCUGUGAGUGUAUUCACCGACUUUAUGACUACUUAGUCUAGGUGUUAUUGAAAUAAUGGGUCGACUUGCGAGAAAAAAGCAGCAUAAAGGCGACAAGCCGCUGAAAGAAAAGUACAGAACAAGACGAAAAACGAAGGAUUUAGAUGAAAUUCAUGAAGACAUGAAAGCAGGGAAUGCAAAGAAACUGUUGAACCAGCCUAUUGAUCACGAUUUGCCGGGUAGCGGUCAGCAUUACUGCCUGCAUUGCGCAAAGCACUUCAUUAGUCAUCAGGCAUUAACAGAACACUUUCGCAGUAAACCACACAAAAGGCGAUUAAAAGCCUUGCAGACAGAGCCAUACACACAAGCAGAAGCGGACAGGGCUGCAGGAAUGGGGUCUUACGUGUCACCCAAGAAAGUUAAAGUUGAUACAGUUAGUAAAAUGGGAAAUAAAAUGGACCAAUCAGAAGAUGUUGAACCCAGCUGAAUCUCUGGUAUCUUCCUUAAUCACUGGGUGCCAAGUCUUAAUUAUUGAUACAUGCAUAUGAACAUUCAAACUUAGAAUUGAAACUUAGAGAUAACAGUCCUAGAAAUGAAAAUUGGAUGUAUUAGAUUGUAGUCUCUAUGGUCAUGUGCAUUUUCUCUGAUUCACCCCUUAAGGAUUUAAAAAAAUUAAAAUUAUCAAAAGAGAAUUUAGAAAGAAUUUUGAUUAUUUAUUGACAAUAUAAUUUGUGUAUGGAGAUCCGUUUUGUUUCAGUAGCAGAAUUAAAACAAUAAACUGGUUCUGAACAUUGCUUACAAAGUAUUUUUGUGUACAUGUUGCAAUCUCCUGUGUUUGGCCAUGCAGUCAUGCAGAUUUCUUGUUGUCAAGAUAUAUAAGAAAAAAGUUUUGUAAUCAGUUGUUUCAAACUCCCUGUGGUUACUAAUUGGCCUUAAAUGCAGUUAAGAUCAAAAUGAAAUAUUAAUUUUGGCCUUGUUGACACUGUAUCAAAGAAAUGGUGUCUGUUUGUGCUGAACCCUGCAGGGACAACUGUUGUGCCAAAAGUGCAAGUUGAGUUUAAAAACGGGCAUGAAUUUCUCAAAAAAUUUUUAUCGGUACUUUUUCUUUUAAGUUAUAAAAAUGUCUUUUGUCUGGUUUUGCAUUAAAUUUUCCUUCAUUACGGAACUCUUACCAAUCUGAAAGAAGGAAUGCAUGCUUUCUUUCAAACUUCUUUUAUCAUAUUGCGGUGCUUUAUUAUAGGUGCAAUUAUUCAGUGUAUGGGAUUCUUUCAAAAUUAAAAUGAACUAUUUUGUAUUCUAUUCAGUAUUGAUGCAGGUACUUGCAUAUUCUUUUUGUUUGACUAUCUGAUUAAGUUUAUUUCAA